AUGGCUGAUGUAAGUGAUAUCUCGUCUGUAUCAUGGACGGACGAAUCUUUCGAAAUUCAAUCUUCCACGAGUUCAGGUUCAUCAGUAACAGAUAAUAAGAUAAAAGAAAAAUCGCCAACCUUCAAUAAACGAAACAAAAUAAUUUUUACCAUCAGUGCUAUAAUCAUUUUAAUGAUAAUUAUUAUAAUAACUAUUACAGUUUCACUUUUAUACAUUCAUAAAACAUCCACACAAACAAGUUUCUCAAUAAAUGAUAAUAAAACAGAAUCAACAUUCACUACAGCAGCAACAAUAUAUGAUAUAGGUAAUGGUGGUGCAAGUGGUGAUCCACCAUGUUUAUCAUAUACAGUAAUUAACGAUCCAACACGAAAUGUAAACGCACCUGGAAUAGGCGGUACAUGUGAUGAUGGACCACUAUUUAAUACAAGUAUUGGUGGUAGAUGGAUUCGUUUUGUAGGUGCUGGUGGAACUACGAUGGCUAUUACUCCACCAGGACGGGAACGCUGCGGUGCAUUCUUAGCAGUCUGGUAUAAUGGCACAUUACCAUUAACAUCCGAGACCAUUGUUAAUGGGAAUGGUUGUUUUGAAACAUACGCAGGAGAAUGUAUCCUACAAGUACUUAUAUCAGUUGUUAAAUGUGACAAUUUUUGGAUAACUGUUAAUGCAAGUGGUUUAACCAUUCGAAGUCUUAUGCCAUCUUACACAUGUCGCAGUUCGCCUUAUCAAUUCUGUUGUAAUCAAGAUCUUUGCAAUUCUCUUUCCUCACCACCAUUACCAGCAUUUACUACUCUUACAUGUGCUAUUGAUGUUUGUUAUACAAAUGAUAGUCAUUGUAAUGAUUCUAUCGUCUAUUUAAGUAGUGCUACUGAAUCUUGCACAAGAAAACAUCAAGGAAUUGUUUCUAAAUCUUAUCAAACAGGAUGCACUCCCAAUAGUACUACAAUGAUAUCAUCGACAGGUGAAUCGAUAUCUCAUGAUUUAUUUUGUUGUAAUUAUCCUGAAUGCAAUCAACAGAUUCUUCCACGAGGUGAAGCUAUUCAUUGUUAUACAUGUGAUUCACGUAUAACUGGUUUGAAAGAUUGUAAUAUAUUGAAUCCAAUGAGUAAAUAUGUUUACAAUUCUGCAUCAUCUAAUCCAUCUGAAUCAUGCGCGAUGAUCGUUGGUUUAGCGGGAAAAGAUUUCAUUACUGGUCAAAAGUAUCCGGCUUUUACAAUACGUACUUUUAUUAAUAAUUGUACUAAUCAAUCAUUUGGUAACGUAACAUAUGGUGGAGUGACAUUUGAAGGUCGUAUUGAUUGUUGUUCUACUUCUCUUUGUAAUAAAUCUCCCUUAUACACAACUCUUGAAUCUUUGAAACCAAAACAUAUUAAUCCAACUAUAAAAAUGAUUGUGGUUAUUUUAGUUAUUUGUCUUGGAUUCAUAUUCAUAACAAUGGGUAUUUUAUUAUCUGUAUAUCGAUUUCGUAUGAGCAAACCCGAUAAUCGCUACAUUCCAAAUGUUCUCAGUGAUGGAGCAACAGUAUUAUUUUUACCACGACGUUAA